UGCUGUUCCCAGCUAAAACACAUGCAAAGAUGUUGAGGGGCAGAAAUCCACCCGCGCCUAACGACGUGUCGCCAUAUCAAUUAUCUCCUCUGACACACGCACAAUGAGACCAACAUCUCCCGGAUAUUGUCCCCCAUUCAAUUGAAAAUCUUGAGACGGUCUCGAUGCCAUCGCGCAUCCGCCCACACAGCUGAGCUGUGCUGGUGUGGCCGACCGCGUGAUGGAAGGAGCUGGACCGAACGAAAGGCAGUUACUCCUGAAGACAUGCCACCACGAAGCUGAGGUUGAGACCGCGAGUGCCUCAUCGAAAGACGAUCAGCUCCCGCUGCCAAAGUCAGAGCGGACGGCCAUGUCACAUUCUCCGAGUCAUCAGCGUCGAGGUCGCAGAAUGGCUCGCCUCUCCCACUAUCUGCCGUUCAUCAAAUGGGUACCUGGGUACCAAUGGAAGUGGUUUCUGGGGGACUUUAUGGGCGCUUUGACGGUGGCCUCACUUUAUGUGCCCCUAUCCGUCUCCUUUGCCCUCCUCGGACACGCUCAUCCUAUCAGCGGGUUGUACUCAUUCGUUAUCACUCCUCUUCUCUAUGCACUACUGGGAUCUUGCCCCCUGAUGGUGGUUGGACCAGAAGCGCCAGGCUCUCUUCUUGUCGGAACAGUUGUUGCGCUCUCUGGUCGAGGCAAUGAAGAUGAUAAGAGCCAGACCAUCAAUGCCCAGGUAGCCGGCACCGUGACUGCCUGUACGGGGAUGGUGCUGUUUGUCACAGGCCUCAGUCGACUUGGAUUUGUGGACUCUGUGCUCAGUCGACCUUUUAUGCGAGGAUUUAUCGGCGCUGUCGGUUUCAACGUUGUGAUAGAGCAAACGAUCACGGGCUUGGGUCUUGGGACAUUGGCCAAGCGAGACCCAAGGGUGUCUGGAGGAAGUCCUGCGAGAAAGCUUCUUUUCAUCCUGAUCGAACUCAGCCAAACACAUUUUCUCACCGCUGUGGUUUCUAUCACGAGCUUUGCAAUUGUCAUGCUAGUAAGACACUUUCGAAGCAUUGUGGAAUUACGGUACCCUGCAACUGCGUACAUCCCGGAUAGAUUUGUGGUCGUCGCUUCCUCGACCCUUCUCACGUGGCUAUGUGGCUGGCAUGAGCAAGGCAUUCAGGUGCUUGGACGUAUCCGAACACCAGAAAACCUUGGAAUGCCUUUCCGUUGGCCGUUCGCUAUUCAUAACAUCGACGACAUCUCGAGUCUCAUCACCACGGCCUUUGUGAUUGCUCUGCUGGGCCUGUUCGAGUCUUCCUUGACAGCCAGGAGUCUGAGAAAGGCAAAUGCAGCGAACAAGGCGUCUAACAUCCCUUUGAACUCCAACCAGGAACUCAUCGCGCUCGGGGUCGCCAACAUUGUCGGUGGUUGCUUUCUUUCAUUGCCUGGAUUCGGCGGCUACGGCAGGAGUAAAUUGAACUUCUCGGUCGGCGGAAGGACACCGAUGAGCAACGUCCUUCUUAGCACCAUAACCCUGACCUGCAUUUUCUUCGCCCUCCCAGCGUUCUACUACGUGCCCAGGGGAGUUCUGGCAGCCAUGAUCGCUAUUGUUGGAAUCUCAAUGAUUGAAGAGUGUCCGCACGAGAUUGUGUUCUUUGCGAAGACACGGGCAUGGCCUGAAUUAUCACUUAUGGCAGCGGUCUUCGGGGCCACGGUCUUUCACUCAAUCACACUGGGAAUGACAUUAGGCCUCGGAUGGUCCAUCGUGGCCUUGGUUAUGCGCCGAGGGUGGCGGUCCACGGUCCGAAUUCGCGACUCCUCGACACAAGCAUUGGAAGACCGAGACCUUGCACACAUCGCAUCGCUUUCAUCGAUGCGAACUCUGGCCGUCGCCAGCUCUGGGCAUCUGACAUUCGCCAACUCCGCUGAUCUCAAAGAUCGCCUGGAGGCCCUUGAUCACGAAGCAAUGUCUGUGCAUCAGGCGUCCCAGGCGCCCGAUCAUCACCAGAAGUCGGACGCAGAGACAGUGCUGAUAUUCGACCUGCGUCACUGCACAGGCAUUGACGGCUGUGCGGUCCAGGCCCUGACGGAGAUCAUAGAACAGCAUGCUAUGGAAGGAACCCGAAUGAUCAUCUGGCACCCUCUGCUCGCCCACGUCGCGGACGACGUACAGAACAAACUGACCUUGAGCGGGGCGGUGAGUCUCGGCGAGCACCAUUUAAGCUUCGCGACCACCUCGGAGGAGAUUCAGGCGCUGUAUGGAGAGACCGGGGAAGGGCGCCCAGAGUCCAUCUUCGAAUCCUUAGACAUUUAGAACCAGAGGGGAUAUAUACAUUGCAUACAUUAGCUAGCGAUGGGGAUUUUUCGAGCCUCUUUUUUUCUUUUUGCCCUGUCGCACGAUCUAGGCCGUCUCCUAGACUGUGCGACUCUUUUACACGCCCGAAGCUGUUUAUCUCCCCAAGAUAUGAUACAAACAAGCAGAGUUUCUCGCAGAUGUGUACGUAACGAGCAUAGAUACUACAGACUACAGACCACAGACUACAAAGAGGACGACG